GUGGAGAGUUUAGGAACCAACCCCAGACAGAAAGCAGAGAGGACAGCAGAAUGGCCUGGGUUGCUCCUCUAAUCUAUUUGCACAUCACACUUUUUCUUUUUAUUCUGGAAAUGGGACAUGGUACUGAGGAGGACAGCAGAAUGCUGGGAGUUACAGCCCCAGGAGAUAUCAUCAUCGGAGGAAUCUUUCCCGUUCAUGAGGAUGUAGACAAAAUGAACAACUCCUUUGCACCCCACUUACAACCAUGUAUCAGGUGAGAUCUUUCAAACCUGGUGAAGGUGCUGGCUAUGAUCAAUGCCAUAGAGCUCAUGAAUAAAUCCCCUCUGCUGGCUGAUGUUAACAUCACUCUCGGCUAUCGUAUCCUGGACUCCUGCUCUGAUGUCAGCACAGCUCUGAGAGCUACAGCAGACUUCACCCAGCAGGCCGACUGCUACGCCGGAAGCAACACUUGUGACCAGCUGGUCAUGGCUGUUGUAGGGGCCUCUUACUCUGAAUUGUCUAUUGCCAUCGCUAGGCAACUGACACUCAAGAUGAUCCCUCAGAUCAGUUAUUCAUCAACUGCUGUAAUUCUAAGUGAUAAGAGCCGCUUUCCUGCCUUCUUGCGGACCAUUCCUAAUGAUGAGCAUCAGACAGCUGCUAUGGUCAGUCUGCUCAGCACCUAUGACUGGAACUGGGUCGGAGUAGUAACCACAGAUGGAAAUUACAGCCUAUCAGCUCUUGACCACUUUUUCUCCCAGGCUACUGAAAAGGGGAUCUGCAUGGCCUUCAAAUCAAUCCUACCACAAUCUGUAACUAGUCAGGAUGUGGGCUCUGCUAUCUCACAGACUGCCACAACCAUCCUCACCAACCCCAAGGUACAGGUGAUCGUGUCAUUUGCCAAGCCGACUCUCAUGAUGCACCUUUACCAGGAGCUUAAGAAUCAGACACUGAGAGCAGGACAGAACAUGGCGUCAAUGAGAAGAGUCUGGGUGGCCAGUGACAGCUGGUCCUCCUCCAGCUCUGUGAUAAAACACACAACUCUGGAGGACAUUGGACACAUUGUUGGCUUUACCUUCAAAAGUGGAGACCUGUCGUCAUUCAGUGAGUACCUGAGCAGACUGGAGGCAGCUGGACAUGACUACACAAGGAAUAACACCUUCAUGCAGGAAUUCUACAUGCGUCUAAAUGCCAGUGAAGGUUCUGGAGGAGCUGAGCUGGCAUCUAAAGCUGUGAAUACCCUUAGAAAACACAUUCAUGUAGACACUGUCUUCAGUGUUGAGAUGGCUGUGAGUGCCAUCGCUCAGGCUAUGGUGUCUAUCUGCAGGAGCAGAGACUGCCAGACACCAGGCACAGUUCAACCCUGGGAGAUAUGGACGAGUGUCAUCGAGUGGUCUCCUGAGGGCAGCUCCAGCUGCAUCCCCAAAGCCUUGCUCGUCUUCUCCUGGCAGGACGGCUUCGCUGUGGUCCUUCUGACCUUUGCUGCCCUGGGCAUCCUCCUGGCUCUGCUAGUGUCAGCUCUGUUUCUAAAUCAGCGUGACACUCCUGUUGUGAAAGCUGCUGGGGGGCCGCUGAGCCAGAUUAUCCUGUUCUCUCUAGUCAUCAGUCACAUUAGUGCCAUGCUGUUUGUAGGCCGGCCCAACAGUUUCAGGUGUAAGGCUCGACAGGUGCUCUUUGGCAUCAGCUUCACUCUGUGUGUCUCCUGCAUCCUGGUAAAGACCCUGCAGAUCCUGCUUGCCUUCCAGUUUGAUCCUGAGCUGCAGGAGAUUCUACGGAGGCUCUACCAGCCUUAUGUCAUUGUUAGCAUCUGUGUGGCCUUACAAGCAACUACCUGCAUCUGCUGGCUGGUCCUUAAAAGCCCAUUUAAUCACACCAUCAAGCAUCCAACCACUCUGCUGGAGGACUGUAAUGAGGGCUCAUAUCUGGCCUUUGGGGUGAUGUUGGGCUACAUAGCUGUUCUGGCUUUAGUGUGUUUCAUUUGUGCCUUCAAAGGCCGCAAACUGCCACAGCAGUACAACGAGGCCAAGUUCAUCACCUUCAGCAUGCUGCUCUACCUCAUCUCCUGGCUGCUCUUUGUUCCCAUCUACGUCACCACUUCAGGAGUGUACCUUCCAGCUGUGGAAAUGGUAGUCAUUCUCAUCUCCAACUAUGGCGUCCUCAGCUGUCAUUUCCUCCCAAAGUGCUAUAUAAUCCUUUUUAAGAAGGAACAAAAUACCAAGAGUGCUUUCAGAAAGAAUCUGUAUGAAUACUCCAACAAAACAGCAGUAGCUGUCUCUGUGUCUGCAGUGACAGACUGUAGGGACGUGAGUAGCUGCACAAUUUUGCACAAAGGUUUGAUCACACGACACUGCCUCAGAAGAACCAUCAGCAUAUAGACCAUUAACAAAUUGUUGCCAAAGAUUUAGAUAUAGAGACUCAUCGUACUGUGGAAGGACCUAUGUGGUGUUACAUGUACACUACUCAAGAUAUAUGACUUCAGUUCAGUUUUCUUCAUUAGACUUAUUUCCCCCCUACAUGGAUUUCAUCCCAGAUUCUCAUCCCUUUGUUUUAGAUGUGGUCUAGUUGGCGGCACUUUUCUUCAUUUUCUUCAUUGCACCAACUACAAGACUUUUGGCAUCUCACUCAACUCAA